CUGAAAUUUCUUUGUCUCCCGUGUACGCGAGCCACUAGAGGACGACGACAGACGAUCGGUUUCUCGUUUCUGCAGAGUUGUCCCCAUUUGGAAAGCCAAUUUGGGCUGAUUUCACGACAGAAAGUGCCCACAGUGACGUGCGAACAAUUUGGGAAGCAAUUUUCCGAUCUCGGUACGUGCCACGUCGCGGUUCCUGAGCGAAGAUUCUCAGUAAAAUCGGCGGACGAAAAUCCGGGACUGUAAAAACAACCACGGACAAUUUUCACACGAAGAAAAACGGACGGACAGACGGACGGGUCUGUGUGUACCAAGUGUGCGGUGUAGCGGUUCGAUUGCGUGCAUUGGUAGUGGUGUGUUUCUGGAGGUACCCUCUCUUGCGUACGUGCAAGCACAAGCUAUGCUGCAAGAGACAAGAAGCCUGUGAGAAGGGAAAGAACGGCACGGCAAUACAACAUCAGAGCAGAGCAGUGUUGCCCGCUGCUGCUGCUGCUGCUGUGGUCCACGGUCCAGUGCUUGAACCAUCGACGACGCCCGUCAAAGUGCGUUCUGAGCCGGUAUUGGUGAGAGUUAGUGCGGUAGCACUGUAUGUGUGUGACGUGCGUUUCGAUUCGCCGCGCUGCUUAUGUUGGCAGUAUUGUGUGUUUUCAUCCAACAACAUAUUGAUGUGUUGAUCUCUGUGUGUGCGCGAGGAAAAGAGUGCCACCAGGAGAAAACUCCAAGAUCCAACGGAUUGGAACGCAAUGUUUUAGCAUGAAAUUUUCCCGAACGGAAUGCCACACACUGUUGACGGUGAAAAAGACAAGUUCGACAAGGUUGGAAGGAUCAACUAGAGGAAAACUUGGAAUCCCACGGCUUGCGAUCAACAGCGAGAAAGAGUAAAUCGCCGAAGGUAGUGGGACAUAUACAAGAAGGAACGAUUAGAGAGUGUUAAUAACCUUUUGAUGUGCAAGCUUUGUUCCCUCGCCAGUCGCUUCCCCCCGCAGCGAUCCCCUCGUGUCAAGAGGCUCACACUAGAUGGUCGUCAUUGAAGGAAAACGUAAGACGUGAAUGGUCCGACAAGUUUUCUCCGUUAAGUCCGAGAAGAAUUCAAGUUGUAAUUAAAGUGGCAAGUGCAAGGUGCCGAACAGUCGAAGACACUAGUAACAGUUUAGCAAGUUCGGUGAGCAGUGGAAGAUUUUCUGGAACCCCAAGUGGGAACUGGAUCCAUUGGAAGAUUACGGGUUCCAACCAAGGAAAAACCUUCCGUCUCAGCCAACCAGUCAGUCAGUCAGUCAGACACUCUGUGUACAAACACACACCGCACACGCGUGAUACGAUAGUGUUGGUUGUAUCAGUAGCAGUAGCAGAAUCAGCAGCCAGCAGUGGAAGAAGAAGCAAGAAGCGUGUGAAGUUUUGCAUGAAGCCGACAGCACUGUAGUGGUACCGUGUCGUCAGAACGCGUUGCCUGCGGCUGUAUUGGUGUGGUGUGAUACUGCUGCUCUUCGCUGUGACGGUCUCCUAAUAUAUUUCCUCAACCAACAAACCAAACCAAAAAAAAAACUGUGUACAAUUGAGGAAAAUCAUGUUUCUGCAAAUGAAAUCAAUCAAUUGAACAUUUGGAGCAGGUUUUCGGUGAAACUGGACAGGGACUAGUUAUCGAAAAGGUGAAAGAAUCUUCGCCUCGUUUUCCUUUUUUUCUUUCCCUGUGGUUGAGGCUGAAUCGUGUAAGGUGUGUGUACGCGGUGAGAAGAAGGAGAAGGUGAAGGGAAGCAUUGUGCAAGUCCCGUGUGCAAAUCGGGCUUAGUAGUGCUCGCCUCCAUUUGGUGAAUCCGGAGGAGGCCCUUCACAUCGCGCACCGUUCGUUCGUUCGUGCUGGGAGAAGAAGCAAAGAAGAAGAAAAUUUCCGAACCAAGUCAGUCAAAGAGUUGAAAAGUGCUGAAAACUGAAACACCGUGUUCAGGAAAUUAGCGGAAGCUUUUGGAGUCAAGUGAAGAAGAUUCCGUGCUGCGGGUGAAGACAAGUUUGUGAACGGUGUGACCCCCCGAUACAGGGUUAAAGAAGACACGGGGAAUGCUGCGUUCCGCCAUUGAGUUUCAUUUGUGGAUCGCCGUCUUUUUUUAUUUUCCUCUAUAGUUUGUGUUUACAUAUAUAUGUAUUGAAGAAAACGAAGAAGCAUCAGGCAAACAGCAGCGGCAGCGAUUAAAACGCUGACUCGGCAGAAGAUUUGCCGGAAGUGGUUUCUGUGAUGGAAGUGAAAAUCUGAAUUUGGCGUAGCAACAACAACAACAACAACAACCAGAGCAAAAAGUGAGGAAAAGUUCAGCGGAAAUACGAUUAAAAUUACGCAGGAAAGGAGAUCCUCGCGCGGUCCCCUACAUUGGUGUGCGUGUGACGUGUAGUCCGUUCCGACGUCGUCGUCAUUCCGUGGGCCCUCGACAGCCCGAGCUCGAAGAAGAAGAGUUUCUUGUUAAAUAAGGUGCCCCCCCUCUUUAGAUUCGAAUAAUCAAUCAAACCCGUGCGAGCACAUCCGUCAAUGAAUUCAGCACCAUCCAUACGAAGGGCCGAAGAAAAUAGAAAAGUUAAGCCUGUGCCAGAGAAAAAAAAAGUCAAUCAACCAACCGAGCAGUGAGUGGUGCGUGUAUAUAUCAUCUCCAAAGUGGGUGCGAUAGUGGUGUGCGUGUACGUCUCUCCAUUGUUAUCUGAAAUCGAUUGACGACGUCGCGCUUGUCAACUGAAAAUAGGAGAAAAAUAAAGAAAUAAUUGCAUGUGAGAAAAAAGUUUGCACCCCCUGAAAGUAGGAAGUGUAGGAAGAUUUGAGUGUUAAAAUCCGUUUCCCGUGAGUAGCAAAUGUGUGUAAAGCUACAUCAACAACAGCAACUCGGAAAAGUGGUCCCCCGUAGCCAAUAAUGCAUCCCAAUUGCGACGGGGUGAUCGAGCCAUGGAAAUAGAUGUAAAGCAACAGAGCAAGCAGCGCAACAAACGACGGGAACGGGCCCAACGUAUGAUAGCCGAGCGGGAUAAGGAUGCCGCCGCUACCGCCGAUGGUACUGCCGCUGCUGGUGCGGCUGCCUCCAGUGCAGGUGGUGGCGGUGGCGGAGGCGGUCCCGGCAGUUGCGUUUUCGGUCCGGACGACAGUGCCGACGAGGACGUGCCGAUAAGCCGGGAGAAGCCACCGCGGCCAACGGUGCGGCGGAAGCGAAAGGAGAAGGAUCCCUCGCCGAUCCUGGAGGAGGACAUUGUGGACGGGUUCGCCAUCCUCGCGUUCAAGACGUACGAGGAACUGGAGUUCGCCGUCAAGCUAGGCAACAAGCGCAACGAGAAGCGCCUCUCGACGCUCGUCGAGCUAACGACGCUUAUGGUCGACGACAAGCCGCCGAGGAUUAUCGACACGACGGCACAGAAGCUCGACCAACAGAAAGCGGCAGCGGCAGCAGCAGCUGCAGCAGAAUGCUGGAAUGCCAAUAGCAACAAUAGUAAAACUAUUGACAGUAAUAGUAACAUAAGUAGUCCAACCGUAGGCGUGCCGGCAACGGCAACGGUAAACGGCACCAGUGUCGGUGGCCCAGUGACGGCGGCCGUGGCGGCAGCGAACGUUACCAACGGUGGCAACAGCUGCAGCAACAGUAGCAGUAGUAGUAGUCUAAGUGGCAGCAGUGUUGCCAGCAGUGGCCUCACCGUUGGCAGCAGCAAUAGCAAUGGCAGCAGCAGUAGCAGCCUCAGCGCGCUCACGGCCGCCAGUGGAGGCGGCGGCAGCAGCAGCAGCAGUAGUAGUAGUAGCAGUAGUAGCAGCAGUAGCAGUAGUGGUAUCGGGAGCAGUAUUAUUAGCAGCAAUGGCGGAAGCGGGGUCAGCAGUGGCAGCAGCGUUAAUCAUAUUAAUCAUAACCUGUCGCUGCCACCGAACGUCGAUCCGAGCACCUCGGACGACAGUGGCCGGGCUUCGGAGCGGCUGACCGCGUCGUCGGUGGCCCAGCGGGAUCCGGACAGCUCCCGGGACCGGCUGAGCGACGCCAGCAGUCGGUGCAGUUCCGGCAAAGGAUAUAUCUGUGAUAGCGAGGGAGACGAUGAUAAGGGUUCUGAUGGAGGGUCAGUCGUAUUUGCAUCGACACCACAGACACAACCGUCGCAGGCGGUGCCCCCGGUGGCGGCGGCUCCGAGUCCUGCGGCACCACGCAAGUCGGACUUCCCUCCGACGGGGCUGCCGCUCAGCAAUGGACCGCUGGCGGGACUGGCCGGCAGUGCCAGCCCGGUGCCGGUGCCACCCGGAGUCAGUGCGGGUCCUGCUCCACCGGCACCGUCCCCAGCGCCAGCGGCGCUUCCACCGCCCAGCCUGCCACCGCCUUAUCCUACGACACCAAUGCAGGUCUCAAAUGGUCCGAUAGGUACCCACCUAACACCGAUCGGCGGCCAUCCUGCUGCUGUGGCGUCGCCUCAGUCGCAGCAACCCGGGGUGGCUUCACCCCAGCAACCACAGCCUCCUGCGUCACCACAGACGGCCGCCGGCCUGAGCAGUAAACCGCUGCUCCCGACGGCGUCGGCCAAGAUUCCGGCGACGUUAAGUACAACGACUGCAACGACGACGGUAACGACAGCAAUAUCAUCAUCCCAGCCAGGGAAGCAAGGAGGAUCUCCUCAGUCACCGCUGCAGCAACAGCCGAUCGGAUCGAUACCCGGAUCACCGGCAAUGCAGCAGCAACCGCACACGCCGCAAUCUCAGCCGCCGCCUUCGCCGCAACAAACAUCAAUGCAGCAGCACAAUAGCAACAGUAACAGUAGUAGUAGUAAUAGUGGCCCCGUGAAGCCUUCGUCGGUUCCGAGUUUUAUCGGAGCUGGGUCCUCCUUCGCGGCCGUUGCCACAACGGCGGCUUCGUUACCAAAUGGACUGCCCCCGCCAACUAUACCAGCCAAUGGUGGCCAGCCGCCGCACACCAACUCUAGCAGUAACAGUGCAGCGCCAUCUUCACUGCCAGUGAACGUACCACACACGCCACCGGCAGCUACGCCUGCAAGCGGGCAAAGUCCAGCCAUCCAUCCUUCGGUGGAAAGCUCACUGGCUGCAUCGACAAGUGGGCUUCGAACGCACAGUCCAGCCGUGGCCACCAGUGCUGCCCUCUCGGCAGCCGUGACGCCAACUGGUCUUUUCAACGGAUCUCAUGCCACCCAUCCGGGAAUCCCACAUUCGGCCGCCAUGAUGAUACCGAAUGGUCUCGGUAGCAUACCACCGCACUAUCGAGCGGCGUACCAGGGAUACCCUCUGUACUCUCCGUACGGUAGCUUUAACCACAAUCCGUAUCUGUCGCCAUCGGUGGCGGCACCGAAUCUAUCUCCUCGAAUGCAUCCAGGCGCUCCUCCAGGUCUCGGCGUCAUACCCCCCUCGAUGCUCGGUCUCGGCCUAAUGGAUUCACGAUUGCAGCAUCCGAUGGUAGGAAACAAUGGAAGUCCUUCGCAUCUUCGGGAUCGGGACGUCUCUCCGAUGGGUCAACCGCCAUCGAAAACCGUGCGUCCCAUCACCCCGAACGCCAACAGCAAUGGUAGCAAUAGUAAUUCUUCAUCGGCGCCUUCGGCAUUGGCGGCGGCACCCCCUCAUUCCUCGAGUGGUCCCGUGCCGCCACCAUCCUCACACAUACCAUCCCCACACGGUUUAAACUCGGGUGCUCCGCCACAUGGUGCCACUCCUCCGUCAUCACAUCCAUCCCUGAGGGAUCAGCAGUCGUCGCAGCCACCUCAGAUGACGCAUCCAGGGCCACCAUCACAUCUCUUACCUCCUCAUCAUCCUGGAGCUGCAGCGGCGGCUUCCCAACAACAGCCGCCACCGCUCUCUUCUCAUCCUCAACCACCGGCGCCGCAUUUAGUAGGACCUUCCUCGCAUCAUCCGCUGGUGGGGCCACAUCCUCCGGGAAUGUCACACGGAGGCGGGCACCAUAUGUCGUCACACCUCCCGCCUACGAGCACCAGCAGUAGCAGUAGUAAUAGCAAUAGUACCCAUCCGUCGCAUCCGUCGUCGAUUCCCGGUGGCGGCAGCUCGCGAACGCAUUCUCCGAGGGGGCAUAGUCCUAAUAGGGAAAGAGAUAGUUAUAGUAGUAACGUAAGUAGUUUAUCCCGAUCGACGCCGGGUUCGGCGCUACCCUACGGCAGCGGCGGCAGCAAUGCGAGUAGCGCCAGUACCGGUGGUCCACCACCGGGUCCAUCACCGACGCUUCCUUACAGUUCGGCUGGUCCACCUGCAUUAUCCUCUCCGGCAGCGAUGUCCGUCUCGUCGGCGGCUUCGUUAGUCGUUUCUUCUAGUCUAACCUACCCUAAAUCUUCGCUAACGGCCGUUACGACCAGUAGUAGCUCCAGUGUCAGCACAAGCUUACCACAGGGCGGCCCACCAGGAUGGCCACCUUCGGCUGCGCCGGGAGCAUCUUCCGCGGGUGCACCACUGUCCCAUUCGCCAGCCGCAGCCGGUUCCAUUGUAAAUAACAGUUCUUCCUCCCUGUCACGACCAACUCCUCCCUCGCCUUCUGCCUCGUCCAGUGGACCAACGCCAAAUCAACCGGUGUCGCUCUCCUCGGGACCCCCAACAUCAUUCCCAGCGCCACUGUUCGCAGCGCCGCUACCUCCACCGGUCGUAUCGACGGCAAGCACACCCUCGCAAUCCUCGGCACCGCAUCCCUUCUCAGCAGAGUCGCUAUUCUCCACGAAAGCUUCUUCCCAUGCAGACCAAGACAUGCUGCGGCGUGAGUUGGACAACCGGUUUCUGGACCGAAGCGGUCUCAGUGCUCCGCCCUACCUGCGACAGGAACUACAUCACCAUCAGCAUCAGCAUACGCAUCUGCAUCAGCACCAACACCAGCAUCAGCAUCAGCCAAUCCUUCAGUCGGGCGGUUCUGGAUCGCCUGCCCUCUUUCCACCGCCUCUCUUCAAGGACGUGCCGAAGAUCGGUGCCGUCGAUUCGCCCUUCUACCGGACGGGGCUCGGGAUGCCCGCCUAUCCGUACGGUCCCGGACUGCUACACCCCGGCCUAAGUGGACCAACCCAGUUCGUUCCGCCAAGCCAUCUGCAAUCGUUUGUGCCGAAGCAACAGGCACCACCGGUUGAUCCGACCAAAAAGAAAACCGGCAAGUGGAACGCCAUGCACGUGCGGAUAGCGUGGGAAAUCUACCACCACCAGGCGAAGCAGAACCCGGACAAGGCCGCCUCGAUGAAAACGGCCACGGACAUGCUACGGCCUCCGUCGCACAUGUAUCCUCCGUCGGCAGCGAGCCUUGUGCGGCCGCAUGAUCUUCCGUCGUCGGGUUACCCACCGUCGGGCCUACAGGGUCGACCCGGGCCCUACGAAUCGGCACCGCUGCCACCGAGCUUCAUCGGUUCGGCCGCUAGUCAUUUAGGUAAGGUUUUCCCAUCUGGCACGGUCUUCAGCAGUCACCAUGUACUAAAUGCUACAUGUGUUUCAAAAGGUGUUUCCCCCUUCGGUCGAUACGCUUCGCCGUACGGUGGCUCACCCUUCAGUGGGCUGUCACCGUUUUCGCGGGACAUCCCGAUUGGAUCUCAAAUGCCCGGUUCGUUACACGACCCGUGGAGAAGUGCAAUACCACGUGGAGUGGCUGGGUACCCACAGGGGCCACCACCGGGAGCUGGCGGAGCGUGGCCACCAACGAUUAAGCCGGAUCCGGGCGUGGCAGCCGAAACGGCCCGCCGAGAGGCGGAAGAACGAGAACGGCAACGGGAACGGGAUGAAAGAGAACGGGAACGGCAAAGGAGAGAACGGGAAGAACGGGAGAAACAGCGGGAACGGGAACGGGAACGGGAAGAAAAGCAACGCAAAGAGCAGCAAGAGCGAGAACGAGAACGGGAACGCGAGCGGGAACGGGAACGAAAGGAAAAGGAACGCCGGGAAAUGGAACGACGCGAGAUGGAACGGGAAAGGAUGCUGCAGCAACAGCAACGGGAAUCGAAAGCGGCUGCUGCAGCGGCUAGUGCGAAUUCUAUGGUGCGGGAUCGUUCUCCACUGCGAAACGGAACGGAUUUGGAUGUCCGAAUCAAGGAAGAACCUCAAGUGAACAUGCGAAGCAAGGAGGAAGAGAUGAUGAUGCGAAAUCAAGCGGUAGCCGCAGCAGCAGCAGCCUCCGAUCCACGCUAUCAUCCCUCGAUGAUGCCCCAUCCGUACAUGACCAGUCGACAUCCGGCGCACAUGAUGUCUGGUGCGCAUCUUUCCCGAUCGAUGUUACCGCCUUCGAUGGGUCUACCGUCACACUUUCCACCUCCAGGCCCGUGGGGACCGGAUCCCUUCCGAGAUUAUCGGCUCGAAUCCCUGCAUCAACAGCUUCGUUACAAUCCCGUGAUGGACCUGUACCGAGCAGAGGAAGCCAAGGCCUCGCUUAUGUACGCAGCCCAAUCGGCUGCGCACUACCGAAGCAAAGAACCAAGUCCUGUGCCACCACCUCAAUCGCACCACCGGAUGCAGCCGGGACCUCAAGGACCCGGAGGACCCCAGGGGGGCCCACCAGGCAGUCUCAAACCUCCCUCCUCCCAUCCGCUAGGUCCACCGACGAACGGCCCUGGGCCGGGAGGGCUACAAGGUGGUCCCGGUGGACCCCCACCCGGUGCACAGGGUGGCCCAGGAAUGCCCGGCUCCGGACCCCUACCCGGGUCGGUCGAUAUGCACAAAAAGGAAGACUCCUGCCAAUCGCGAUGAUAGUCAUCAUCAUCAGCGUCCACAUCAUUAAUCGUUAUCGAUGACGACGAUUGAAGGAGCUGCAACCCACAAACACACACACACAAACAAACCACAGCAGAACGAAUCAAAAUCGUGUGAGCCGGAGUGUGCCGGAAAUGGUGAAAGAGCAUGUGAUGCAAAAUGAAGGAGAAACAGUAGGAUUGGAGGAGGAGACGGACGGACGGUCGGUCGGAGGAAUAAACAACAAAUGGUGAUAUUUUUAAAUUGUAAUUAGGAGGUUAAACACGUUUAAAUCGAAUGGCGAAAAAACCGGUGCGAAUAUUUGCAUGCCUCUCUGUGUGCGUGUAGGAUGAUGAUCCUUCGUCGCAGAGAGACGGAAAUUAUUAGUGAGAUAUUUAAUAUAUACAUACACAAACAGACACACACACACACACACACGCGCGCAUAUAUUGACAGCAAAAAAGAAAAAGAAAAGAACAGAAACAUAGAAAUUGUGCAUUUUUUUCCAAUUUAAUGGAAAGCAGCGAAAGUGUUGUAAUACAGUAGUGUUUUUUUCGCUCUAUAGUUGUUAAGCACCACCAACAAACAAGUGUGUGUGUGUGUGAAACUGAUGUUUUGCGCAAAAUGGUAACAACAACAAACUAAGAACAACAACCACAACAACAACAAUUGACACACACACACACACAGGCAUACACGCAUCUGUACUAUAUUGUAUUGUAAAUGUUAAGUAGUGAUAUUUGUAUAAACAAAAACAAAACUAAAAAAAAGAAGAUGGGGACGAUGAUGGGGAAGAGAAACCGGAGAAAUGUGUGACAAAGAGAAAGC